UUUAAUAAACAAGUGAACCAUACAGAUUGUCAACAUGGGACGAAGAUCCACAACAUCCACCAAGGGUGGAAAAUUUAUGAACCCCACAGACCAAGCCCGAAAAGAAGCCCGGAAGAGAGAAUUAAAGAAGAACAAAAAACAGCGCAUGAUGGUAUGAGCUGCAGUUUUGAAGAUGAAGGAUCCCAAACAAAUUACCCGGGACAUGGAGAGAUUGGAUGAAAUGGAGUUUAACCCAGUGCAACAGCCACAAUUAAAUGAGAAGGUGCUGAAAGACAAGCGUAAAAAGCUGCGUGAGACCUUUGAACGUAUUCUACGACUCUAUGACAAAGAGAAUCCAGAAAUUUACAAAGAAUUGAGAAAGCUAGAAGUAGAAUGUGAACAGAAAAGGGCUCAACUUAGCCAAUAUUUUGAUGCUGUGAAGAAUGCUCAGCAUGUGGAAGUGGAUAGUAUCCCUUUGCCAGAUAUGCCUCAUGCUCCUUCCAACGUCUUGAUCCAGGACAUUCCACUUCCUGGUGCCCAACCACCCUCCAUCCUUAAGAAGACCUCAGCCUAUGGACCUCCAACUAGGGCAGUAUCUAUUCUUCCUCUUCUUGGGCAUGGUGUUCCACGUUUGCCCCCUGGUAGAAAACCUCCGGGUCCACCCCCUGGUCCACGUCCUCCUCAAGUCUUGCAAAUGUAUGGCCGCCAUAAAGUGGGCUUUGCCCUGGAUCUUCCCCCUCGCGGACGAGAUGAAGACAUGUUAUGUAGUCCUAAACUUGCUCAACGGGACCAUGAUGAUGAUGUUUCCAGCACCAGUGGAGAUGAUGGCUAUCCUGAGGACAUGGAUCAAGAUAAGCAUGAUGACAGCGACACUGACAGAUCAGAUGGAGAAAGUGACGGAGAUGAAUUUGUGCACCGUGAUGAUAAUGAAAGAAAUAACAAUGAAGAAAAAAAGUCAGGUCUGAGUGUACGAUUUGCAGAUAUGCCUGGGAAAUCCAGGAAGAAGAAGAAGAACAUUAAGGAGCUAACUCCUCUUCAAGCCAUGAUGCUUCGAAUAGCAGGUCAGGAAAUCCCCGAGGAGGGACAAGAAGUUGAGGAAUUUUCAGCGGACAAUGAUGAAGGUGAUUAUGAAGAUUCUGAAGCAGAAAAGCAGUUACAAAAGCAGCAUAAAGAGGAAUCUCUUUCUGAUGGCACAUCUGCUUCUUCACAGCAGCAAGCUCCCCCUCACUCUGUUCCCCCUUCUCAGAUACAAGAACCUCCCAUGCCAGAACCACCUCCUCUUGGACCACCUCCUGCUCCAAGUUUACGGCCACCUGGACCACCUACAGGCCUUCCUCCUGGACCACCUCCAGGAGCUCCUCCAUUCCUGAGACCACCCAGAAUGCCAGGACUCCGAGGGCCUUUACCCCGACUUUUACCUCCAGGACCACCACCAGGCUGACCCCCUGGCCCUCCUCCACGUCUUCCUCCAGGUCUGCUUCCUGGUCCUCCUCCUCGGGGACCCCCACCAAGGCUACCUCCCCCUGCACCUCCAGGUAUCCCUCAACCUCGUCCAGGCAUGAUGCACCCACCUUUGGUGCUUCCACUCGGACCUGCCCCACCUGGGAUUUUCCCACCGGCUCCCUUGCCAAACCCAGGAGUGUUAAGUGCUCCACCCAACUUGAUCCAGCGACCCAAGGCGGAUGGCACCAGUGCAGCCACCAUUGAGAAGAAAGCCACAGCAACCAUCAGUGCCAAGCCACAAAUCACUAAUCCCAAGGCAGAGAUUACUCUAUUCGUGCCCACCGCACUGAGGGUCCGUCGGGAGAAUAAAGGGGCUACUGCUGCUCCACAGAGAAAGUCGAAGGAUGAUUCUACUGUGCCUCUUGCCAAAGCAGCCCCCAAAUCUGGUCCAACUGUUCCCAUCUCAGUACAAACUAAGGAUGAUGCAUAUGAAGCUUUUAUGAAAGAAAUGGAAGGGCUGCUGUGA